AUGACAUCGACAACGAAACCGUGGGUGGUCAUUGUCGGGGCAGGCCCUUCCGGGCUCCUUCUAGGACUUAUGCUGGCGAAGAAAGGCAUCCCAGUCCAAGUCCUCGACGCGGCGCACAAAUUGGACGAACAACCCAGAGCUACUCACUACUCGCCACCCGCCAUAUAUGAACUACGCCGAGCAGGAGUGGUCGACGACCUCCGUGCUGCCGGGUUUUCUCCCAACGGCGUGGCCUGGAGAAAGCUGGACGGAACGUUCCUCGCAGGGAUUGACGGCACCAUUGAAGGCGACGAUCCAGACCGAAUGCUAUGUCUGCCGCUAAACAAACUUGGUAGAAUCCUCUACGAUCAUCUCAGUCGUCAACCGUCAGCGACGGUGUCCUGGAGCCAUAAGGUCGUCUCCCUCGGCCAGGACGAGGAGAAAGCGUGGGUCCACGUCGAAACGCCACAAGGGAAGAAGACUCUGGAGGCUCCGUACAUCGUUGGUUGUGAUGGCGCCAACAGUCAGAUCCGCCGGUCUUUGUUUGGCGACAAGGAGUUCCCAGGCAAGACAUGGGAUGAACAGAUUGUUGCUACCAAUACGUACUAUGACUUCUCCAGAUUCGGGUGGUACGACACAAACUUCAUCAUCCAUCCCGAGCAUUGGUUCAUGGCCGCCAAAAUUGCCAAGGACGGCCUGUAUCGCAUCACAUACGGCGAACUUCCGGGUCUAACAUACGAGCAACUCCGAGAACGACAGCCGUGGAAGUUUGAGACCAUGCUGCCCGGUCAUCCAAAGUCUGACGAGUACCGCAUCGUCAAUUUCAGCCCUUACCGGAUCCACCAGCGACUGGCUCCCAGCAUGCGUGUCGGGCGAUUCUGUCUGGCCGCAGAUGCAGCUCACUUAUGUAACCCGUUCGGUGGCCUGGGGCUGACAGGUGGAAUCGUCGACAUUGGCGGUCUGUAUGACUGUCUGGCCGGGAUCUACGAGGGCCUCGCAGACCCUUCGAUACUGGACAAGUACUCGGAGAUCCGACGGCAGAAGUACAACGAGGUUGUGAACCCGAUCUCGAGCGAGAAUCUCGUUCGCCUGUUCGGCCAGGACCCGGACAAGGCUUUGGAGAAUGACGACUUCUUGAAAAUGUGCAAGAGGGCGGAAACGGACCUGGAAUUUGCCCAUCAGAUGCAUGCUGGUGUCAAUGUCCUCAAACACGACUUCACUCAGUAUUAUACUAGGCAGUCAGCUCCGGAGAAGAUCCAGACUGGGCACACCUUGUCCGAGAAACACCCCGAUGCCCCAGUCCAAGCAGCGGCGGUCGGGGUGACCGAUUAG